AAAUAAAAAAAAUCGAAGUCCCAUCCUCCGACGAAUCUGAGAUCGUUCUUCUUCUUGUUCUUCUGUUUCUUGGUCUUACGUAAUCUUUUACAGUUCCAGUCUUCUUCUACUAUUUCUGUUUCCCGCAAAAACCCACCGAAUUUAUUCGUUUGUUUUCCCAUAAAAGUUCCUCAAUUUUUUUUUCUCAUCUUACUAAAUCAAGAUACGUAUAAAUCAAUCAAUCUGCAGCUUUUUAUACAUAUAGGAAUGUGUAAUGAAGGAAUGUGAUUUUUAACUGGGGCGAGGGUUUUGUUGUAUUAGGUUAUCAAUCUUAUGGUUUUCAUUGUUAUUUGAGGAAGAUUGGGAGGAGUGCGGAAAUAGUAAAUGGGGACUAAUAAAAGGGGAAUAACGGUGGCCGGGAAGAGCAGCAAAGGCGGUGGCUAUGGAUCUCGGCUCCCCGGGGCCGCAAUCCUCAUUUUUUGCUUAGUUGUCUCUCCCUCCUUCCUCUUCUUGGUUGGCCGCGGAAUCUUUUAUACCAGCUCAACCGAUCAAGACAAAAUCUCAACUAGUUCUAGAAAUCAGGAUCUUGAUUGGAGAGAGAGGCUGGCAUUGCAACAUGUUAAAUCUCUACUUACAAGAGAGGUGAUGGACGUCAUUAAAGCCAACACAAAUGAUUUAGGGCCGCUAAGUCUUGAUUCUUUCAGGAAAACCAACCUGUCUGCAUCAUGGAAAUUCGUUGGACAAGAAACUCCUGCUGAGAAUAGUGCUUUGUCUUUUGAGAACAAUCAAAGAGGUGCGGCUAUUAAACAUGAUAUUUCUAGAAAUAAGGUUGAUGCCUCUUUAGAAGAGGAUCGAUCUCAAGUUAUUGAUGCACCUGCUAAAGUAGCAAGAAGGCAACUGAGACAGAAACGGCGUGAAAAACGUGCUGCUGACUUGGUAAAACAAGAUGAAGAAGUAACUGUGAAGCUUGAAAAUGCAGCCAUAGAACGGUCAAAGUCUGUUGACUCUGCAGUGUUGGGCAAAUACAGUAUUUGGAGGAAAGAGAAUGAGAAUGAGAAUGCUGAUUCGACUGUUCGCUUGAUGCGUGACCAAAUGAUUAUGGCUAGGGUGUACAUAAGUCUUGCAACGAUGAAGGACAAGCCGGACUUGGGCCGAGAGCUACAAAAUCGGCUCAAAGAAAGUCAGCGUGCAUUAGGAGAGGCUACCACUGAUUCCGAUCUUCACCAUAGUGCAACUGAAAAGAUCAAAGCUAUGGGCCAAGUGCUAUCAAAAGCUAGAGAACAACUGUAUGAUUGUAAGCUAGUGACUGGGAAGCUUAGAGCAAUGCUACAAUCUGCAGAUGAACAAGUCCGCAGUUUGAAGAAGCAGAGCACCUUUCUAAGCCAGUUGGCUGCCAAGACCAUUCCAAAUGGAAUCCACUGCUUGUCACUGCGGUUAACAAUUGAUUAUCAUAUGCUUUCACCAGAAAAAAGGAUCUUCCCUAGAAGCGAGAAUCUAGAAAAUCCAAACCUUUACCAUUAUGCCCUCUUCUCUGAUAAUGUUCUUGCUGCCUCAGUUGUUGUUAACUCAACCAUCAUGAAUGCUAAGGAACCUGAGAAACAUGUUUUUCAUCUGGUGACUGACAAAUUAAACUUUGGAGCAAUGAAUAUGUGGUUUUUGUUGAACCCUCCAGGAAAAGCUACUAUCCAUGUUGAAAAUGUUGAUGAGUUUAAGUGGCUUAACUCAUCUUAUUGUCCAGUUCUACGGCAGCUUGAGUCUGCUGCCAUGAAGGAGUACUAUUUUAAGGCAGCUCAUCCCACCACACUUUCUGCUGGGUCUUCUAACCUGAAGUAUAGAAAUCCCAAGUACCUUUCAAUGCUUAACCAUCUCAGGUUUUAUCUCCCCAAAGUGUACCCUAAAUUGGAUAAAAUCCUGUUUCUUGAUGAUGAUAUUGUUGUUCAGAAAGACCUGACGGGACUAUGGUCAGUGGAUCUGCAUGGGAAAGUUAAUGGUGCUGUUGAAACCUGUGGUGAAAGCUUUCAUCGUUUUGACAAGUAUCUGAACUUUUCAAAUCCUCAUAUCGCUCGAAAUUUUGAUCCUAAUGCUUGUGGUUGGGCAUAUGGAAUGAACAUUUUCGAUCUUAAGGCAUGGAAGAAAAAGGAUAUUACGGGUAUAUACCAUAAAUGGCAGAAUAUGAAUGAAGACAGGGUUCUGUGGAAACUGGGUACUUUACCUCCUGGACUGAUCACUUUUUAUGGGCUUACUCAUCCGCUUGAGAAGUCUUGGCAUGUGCUUGGCCUGGGUUACAACCCAAGUGUUGAUCGUUCCGAAAUUGAUGGUGCAGCUGUCAUACACUAUAAUGGAAACAUGAAACCAUGGCUUGAGUUGGCAAUGACUAAGUACCGUUCAUACUGGACCAAGUACAUCAAGUUCGAUCAUCCUUACCUUCGCAACUGCAAGUUAAGUGAGUGAAGAACAAUGAAUUCAAUGGUAAAGCCAUUAUUUCCUCGUCUCCCUGAUGAGCAAUGGACUAUUCAUAUAAUUCUUGGUAGUCCUUUUGGAAAGGAAGGCGGUUGAUACGGUGGCAUGCACCUAUUGCCCAUCCCCGCAUUGUUUGUUCUCGUGCGUGAUUCAAUUUGAUUUGUUAGUAUAGUCCCCCAGGAUUAGGGGAUUAUAUCUGGGGCCUCAUCCGCCUGUAAGCUGUGACUGAGCUUCCGGACCUGCUACUUGUGAUCUGGGUGAUUGUAAACCUCAUUGUUUUUAGGAUUUAAUUUUUAGUAUUCUUUGGACGACCAACCAUAUGUUUGUAGAGAUAAACGAAUUAGGUUGUCUUUGUUAACCAGUUUAAGCUGUAUGCACACUUUGUUCAACCAAUUGUAACUUGUCAGCAAACGUCCUCGUUGGCCUUCUCAGAAAAGUGAGGGGAAAAAAUGGUGAAAAGCUGUUUGUUUAUUGUGGUUAGACUACCAAAUAAAUGCAUUUGCCGGAUCUCCUUCCAAAUAAA